ACCUGUCCAAUGUAGAACCUGGUUCACCUCCACCACUACUCCAAAGGUGCUGGUGAGUAUACAGACACAGAGAAAAGUCAUAACUUAGAAAUCUGUAUCAUGCAGACGUACUUUUUCAUACUCUUUGUAGGGUUGGACAGUUUCUUCCUGAUUGUGAUAGCCUACAACUGGUUUCUGGCCAUUUGCCAUCCCCUGCACUAUAUGGUCAUUGUGAACCUUCAGUUCUGUGGACUGCUGGUUCUGGUAACAUGGAAUAUCAGUGUCCUGCAUUCCAUGUUACACAGCUUGAUGGCGUUACAACUGCCCUUCUGCAGAGACUUGAAAAUUCUCCACUUAUUUUGUGAACUUAACCAGGUGGUCCAACUUGCCUGUUCUGACAUCAUUCUUAAUGACAUGGUGAUGUAUUUUGCAACAGUCCUGUUGGGUGGUGUUUCCCAGGCUGGUGUCCUUUGCUCUGACUCUAAGAUAAUUUUUUCCAUAUGUGGAAUCUCAUCAGCUCAGCGGAAGUAUAGAACAUUUUCUGCAUGUGCAUCUCACCUCUCAGUUGUCUCCUCAUUUUAUUGUGCAAGCCUAGAUGUUCACCUCAGCUCUGCUGCUACCCACAGCUCACAGUCAAGUGCCACAGCCUCAGUGAUGUAG